AAGCUCGGUUAACAAUAGAGAAUUCUUGAUGUUUCAUUUCAGGAUGCUUCGGGCAAUGAUUCUAGCCUUCAAAGAGAUACUUUUUAAUCUUGCCAAGGGAAUGUCGUGACUUGGUCUUCUCAAAGAGGUUCGCGUUUUUUGACAAAGUUAAAAAGCUGCUGUUCACGGUUUUACAGUGCUCGAUCUCGUCGCGAGAAAAAGACAGGUUUUCGCCUGUAUUUUCAAAAAUGGCUGAUCACAGUCACGUCGGAAAUGGCAUUAAUGUGGAUAAAUCGCUGGUGAAAGCCGCAGAAAUUUCGCGAGUGGUAAUCACCGUCCAAGGCGCUCAAGAAAUGUUGCAGGAAACGACGCGAGGAGUUCCUGCUCUGGGAGAUUCUACUUACAGAAAAGGACAGCUUCGACAAGCGCCCUCUUAUCUGCUGGGCAAACCUCUGCACGAUUUCGACGCUACAGCCGGGAACGGACCCUCUAAGGAGACAUUUCUGGUCCUCAGCCGCAGGUCCAAGUUAUCACACGACCAGGCCUACAGAUUCAACAUGUCCCGAUCGUUAUUCCUGCUCGAGCCGCUUCACCCGCUCAGACUGUUCGCUAUCAGGAUCAUCACACACCAAUAUUUCGAGUUUUUUGUUAUUUUUAUCAUCCUAGUAAAUUGCAUUUGUCUAGCCUUGAACCAUCCACCAGAGGAAGCCGAAUACAUUUUCGCGUUUAUUUACACGUCUGAGAUGCUUCUCAAGAUCAUUGCCCGUGGCUUCGUUCUUCAUUCGUAUGCGUACCUCAGGAAUCCCUGGAACUGCUUGGAUAUUACAGUGGUUAUACUAGGGUACGUGACACUUUCGCCAAAUAUCGCGAACUUCUCUGGAAUAAGAACUGUUCGCGUUUUGAGAGCUUUACGAACAAUAUCUGUUCUAAAAGGUUUGAAGGCGAUGGUGAACACGCUACUCCGUUCAAUGAAGAUGCUGAGUGAUGUUCUCAUUCUAUUCGUGUUCUUCCUUGCUGUAAUGGCGCUUAUUGGGCUACAGUUAUUCCUGGGCCAUCUCAGAUACAAAUGUGUGUACAACGACGAUUCCUUCAGCAUCUCAGACAGGGCAAAUAACGCAAGUAUGUGGUUUUAUGAAGAGGGGAAUCCUGUUAUUUGUGGGAACGGCACAUCCGCAAGGACGUGUCCAGUAAACUACACGUGUUUGCCAGAUGCUGGCCCCAAUCCUGAUUUCGGUUACACGAAUUUUGAUCAUAUGGGAUGGUCUCUUGUGAUGUCAUUUCAGCUUCUUACCAUGGACUUCUGGGAAAAUAUCUAUAACAAGAUUCUUGCCUCCAGUGGUGUCUGGUGCGUGUUUUACUUCCUUGGAGCUAUCUUUUUCUGCUCGUUUUAUCUUCUUAAUCUUGUGCUGGCUGUGGUAGCUUUAUCUUACGAACUGGAAAUCAAAUCUGUCCACAAAAACGAGAGACUGAAACGUGAAAACAGAACUGCCAUGUCAUAUCCUGCAGACUCGGAAACACUGGAACAUCUCCAUCCACUGACCACAAGACUGCAAGUUCUCAUCAAAACGAUUCAUUCUAUAAGGACUCAGAAAAAGAUUGAAGAAAUCACCUACAGAGUUCCAAAAGAAUCAGAGCCUCCGUCCCUGUAUCGCCUCAUCGCGAGCAAAAAUUCAUUCAAAGAAAUCCUCGAUGAGAAACUAAAGAAUGAGACGUUUCGAACAGAAAUGACGUGGACGAGACGUUUACAAAGGAUGAUGUGUGAUGUCAUGGGCCACCCCGCUGUGGAGUUUACUAUUAUGGGGUUCAUUCUCGCAAAUACGGUGGUUCUUGCUCUGCAUCACCAUCAAAUCGACACGCAAUUUAAGAAAGUCCUUGAUGUUCUUAAUCUGAUGUUUACCGUCAUAUUUACCGUGGAGAUGAUACUGAAACUUGUUGCCCUCGGCCCAAUGUAUUACAUCCAAGGCAGAUGGAACAUUUUUGAUGGUAUCAUUGUCGUUAUCAGCUUAGUGGACACGGGGCUUGAACUCGCGGACUUUCGAGAAUCCUCCGGGACUAGUGUUUUCAGGACAUUUCGUUUGUUCAGAAUUCUUAAACUGGCUCAGUCGUGGGAGACGAUGCGUAGACUGUUAGCAACAAUCUCCAACAGCGUUGGACCAAUCGGGAACAUCACCCUCAUCCUGGGUCUUGUGAUUUACAUCUUUGCGUUGAUGGGUAUGAAAAUGUUUGGCAAACAUUACACUCCUGACAAGUUUGGGGAGGACGGUGUACCUCGCUGGAACUUUAAUGACUUUUGGCACGCGUUCAUGAUGGUGUUCAGAGUGCUGUGUGGAGAGUGGAUCGAGCCUCUCUGGGAUUGCAUGAGGGCCACCAGUCCUGCUGCUGCGAUUCCUUUCUUCAUUCCAGCUGUCGUCAUAGGCAAUUUUAUUGUACUUAAUCUAUUCCUUGCUCUUCUGUUGAACGCUUUUGAUAACGGUGACGACGAAGAGGAAAACGAGGAUGAAAACGACAAAGACAGCGAGGGUGAAGAAAGUUUUUUCAAACGAGCUCUAAGCAAGUUAACGCAGACAAAAACCACAUCAGUGUACCCUGUCCAUGAAUACCCCUUAGCUGAUGGCAGCUGUAAUUCCUCUCAAGAAAUACAAACAACCACGAGAAAGCAGAAUAUGGGAAAGGAAUACUCAAACGUUGCUAACACCGUGUCCCGUGUAUCAAGCCCAAACUUGCAAGGCAAAGCACCAGUGCAAAACGCAGAAGUAAAGGACUGUUUCCCAGAGUGCUGUGUUUCACCUCUCACUAGUUGUGCAGUGUGCAAAAAUAUCAGCUGCAACAGCUGGCUGAAGUUUCGCUGGCGCACCCGGAUGCUUGUGGAGCAUAGAUACUUUGAAUGGUUCAUUCUCUUCACGGUGCUCAUAAGCAGUUUAGUUCUGGUGUUUGAAGACGUGCAUCUCUCAAGCAAGCCGAAGCUGGAAAAAGCUCUGGAAGACUUAAAUUACUUUUUUGCGUUUAUAUUUGCUCUCGAAUUUGUUCUAAAAAUAAUAGGAUUGGGCGUGGUCGGUUAUUUUUCGUCUUUUUGGAAUUGCCUUGAUUCAUUAAUAGUUGCGAUUUCUCUGGUUUGUGUGUUUGAAGAUCAAACCUUGGCGUCCUUACGCUCUCUGCGGACAGUAAGAGCUUUGAGGCCCCUAAGAGCAGUUUCUCGACUGGAGGGGAUGAAGGUUGUCGUGAACGCGCUUUUUUCCGCUAUACCUGGAAUAGGCAACGUGCUCCUAGUAUCUCUCCUGUUUUGGUUGAUAUUCAGUAUCCUAGGAGUACAGCUUUUCGCGGGAAAAUUCUACAAGUGCCAGGACUUGGACGGCGAACGUGUUCCGGCAGACAUCGUACCAAACAAGGACGCAUGCCUGGAGCACCCUGACAAAUAUCGAUGGGUAAACUCAAAUGUCAACUUUGAUAACGUCAUCAACGGUUUUCUCGCCUUGUUUCAAGUGGCUACGUUCGAGGGCUGGAUGGAGCUUAUGGACGAUGCAGUGGAUUCUAAGGAGGUGGAUGAGCAGCCAGCUGAUGAAAGUUACCUCGGCGCUUACAUUUUCUUUGUCGUCUUCAUCAUCAUUGGCGCGUUCUUUGUGCUCAAUUUGUUCGUUGGAGUCAUUAUCGACAACUUCAACAGUUUAAAGAGAAGGUACGACGAGCUUAGCUGCAUGGGGAUGUUGCUGACAGACGCCCAAAGGAAAUGGGUUGAUAUCCUAAAAGAGUCUGCCAAGAAGAAACCUCCAGACCAUUCCAUCAGGCCAAAGAAUAAGGUUUUGAAUGUUCUGUACGAGAUGGUGACGAAUGACAUAUUCGAGAUGGCCAUCCUUGGGAUCAUUGUCUUGAACAUGGUAGUAAUGAUGUGGCAGCAUUAUGGCCAAUCACAGAUGAUGACGAACGCACUUCAAGUCUUCAAUUGGAUUUUCACCGCAGUCUUCAUCAUGGAAGCUGGAGUUAAGCUUGCCGCCUUACGACAGCAUUACUUCUCAAAGGCGUGGAAUGUGUUUGAUUUCGUCAUCGUGAUCACUUCAAUUAUCGGUUUGGCGAUGGACGAGCUCACGACUGGUGACAAUAGUAUCAUCAAUCCAGGUCUUCUUCGAGUCUUUCGCGUCGCAAGAGUCGCCAGGUUACUCAGGAUCCUGCAGUUUGCAAAGGGAAUUCGCCAGCUACUGGUGGCGCUAAUCAUCUCUUUACCAGCUCUCUUGAACGUUGGGACACUCCUGUUCUUAAUAAUCUUCAUAUACGCCAUCAUUGGAAUGUCCACCUUUGGUCAUGUUAAGAAACAGAAGAACUUGGACGACACGGUAAACUUCGAGACUUUCGGCCGCUCCAUGAUGCUGUUAUUUCGCUUGUCUACAGGUGCGGGUUGGAAUGAUAUUCUAGAAUCCUUAAUGCUUCGCGAACCUGACUGCGAUCCAAACUAUGGGGGAUUCCCGAAUGGUAACUGCGGAUUUCCCGUAGGGGCAGUGAUUUACCUUGUGUCCUACAUCUUCAUAGUUUUCCUUAUCAUAGUGAACAUGUAUAUUGCCAUUAUCCUUGAGAACGUGAACCGAGCACAAGAAGGAGGGCUCGUCAUCACUAAAGAGGACCUCGAUGGUUAUUAUGAAAAAUGGGCCUCGUUUGUAACAGAUGGAAAGCAGUAUCUUCUGGUGGAUCAAGUUUCAGACUUCGUCGAUCUGCUUGACGAGCCUUUUAAAAUUCGCAAGCCUAACGAGCAGGAGCUCGUACGAAUGGGAAUCAAUGUACGGAUGGGUUACCGGGUGCAGUGCUUCGACCUUCUUCGCUGUCUGGUCAAGCGGCUUUUGGAGAAAAAAGGCGAAUCACCGCUUGCCUUUGAGCAAAUAGCGUCCAAGUUGGAAACUCAUUUUAGAAGACGCGGAGUCAGGAAGAGAUCACGCAUUAGUAAAUCCCGAUCGGGUUCCAAUGAAAUUGCCAGUGUCGACGCUUGCGACAUACCCUUCAGCGACGCCAUGGCAUCUCCUAUCACAACGGCCGAGAGCAACAGCAAUAAUAAUAAUACCGGAGAUUCUCCAUCAAGGAACACCUCAGUGCCGCGUGCAAAAUACCGUGAUCCAUUUUCAGCCGCUUUGAUGGUUCAAAGCGCCCUUAGGCGUUUUCUGGACAAGCGCAGCACGCGUGGCGUUGUAACGUUUCCAAUGUCAAAUGGAUUCUCCAAUGACAGCGUGCCUAAGUGCUCGUGCAGUCCUCUGUCUUCGAUAUCCAGCGAUCAGGAGGUCAGCGACUUCAUGUUCGGCCUCGACCUCACGCCCGGAACCGGAAGUAGAUCCCAGACAUCUGUUGAUAGCGUGCGUAGUAGUACAUCACCUGGAUGCUGGUCGUACGACCCGUUUGACUCAGAAGGCGAUAGCGUAUGAUAAUGACAUCGAGCCUGAGGAGGGCCAUUGUCAACGGCUGUAACAAUACAUGCCUGAAGAGUUAAGUGGGACUGGUCUUUGUGUUAAUGACAUGCAAUGACGAAGAAACAAUUAGAAAAAGUUACAAUGUCUAGUUAGUUGUACAAAAAUUUAUACUAUUGAUUAGAAAUAUGUAGACUAUUUCAUGAGUAUAGCGGCAAGCAAUUCGCUUCAAAAUUAGAUUGUAGUUUUAGCCAUUAACGAGUUUAUACACCUUCGUUUCAAAAGGUAUUCCUGGCGAAGUCUUGUAUGAAAUGAAUUUUUGUACAAUCAAUUUUAGUAUUCCACCAAGUCUCGUUCUGAGAGCAAGGUUAAGACCAACUCGGAAAUAGCCAGUAUGUGAAGGUUUUACAAUCAAACCGUAAGACAAGCUUUGAUCACAGCCUUGAGUACAAAACACUGCUUACAUACAAUACCCUCUUUCUUCAUUUACACUUUUAUAUGUAUCUACUGUUUAAUGGUGAAAUAAAAAUGUUGUUCAAGUUUCUCGUAAAAUAACUUUCUUGUCCUGCCUCCAUGGUAUUCAGUACCUGAAGGGGUGAGCAUUAUGACGUGAUACUGUACGAUUAGAUGAUGAUUAAAGUCCCAUACAGACAUCUAUUCGUUCUAGUGAACCUUGAUUGAAUCAAACUUAGUUUUCCUGACUACAACCAUCAUUUAGUCGUUCUCGUCAGAAUAUUUUAGCAUAGGCGGGCGCUUAGUACUUAACGCGCUACCAGACUUCAAAACUUCUGCUUAAAAAGUUUUCUUCAACCAUUGCAUUGCAUGUAAAGUUAUACUUAAGACAAUUAACUGCUCAUGUAAAAGGGUUGAAAUAUUUUAUUUGUAAAAUGUUUCGGAAAAAACGCAAAUGAUUGAAAUUAUUUCGAGGGUGAACCAUUUUUGUUAUUGCAAAGUUUGAGCCCCAAUCAGAAUACGCCUCAUAACAGACAUGUUUGCCAUUAUUAUAAAACUUUUAUUCUACAAACCUAUGUGAAGAGUACCAAAAUGUGUAUAUGUCUUGUUCGUCUUAUUUUCGAUUAGUCGCCACAUGUUCAGGGAGUUCAUCUCGCGAUGCUGCAGUAUGUAAUCAAAAUAACAGAAAGCGUAUCAUAUAAAUACUGAAGACAAUAUUUUCUAUAUCUCACGCUGAGCACUUGACAUGCACACAACUAUUUGAUAGGCCCUUUGCAGCCAGAAAAAGUCUGUCGAAUUAGGCAAAAUGACCAAGUUUGAGGCCCCUGGAAUUGAAAGAAUGGGAUUUUAUGACUGUUUGAGUUGUCAAAAAAUUAAGAAGACUUGUACGGAAAAAGUUGUUGAAGAGCAAGAGGUUGCUCUCGAGCAACACUUUCCGUAGAUAUUCCCAAAAUUGUCCGAAAAUUCAAACUGUUGUAUCAACGUAUUCUUUAAUGACAGGGGCCUCAAACUUAGCCAUUUUGCUAGUUUCGAUACGCUUUUUUCCAUUUCUGACAUUCUUUAAGUUAUGCCCAUAAUAUAAUUUUUCUUUAUAAAAAUGUUGGUCACGUGACCCCAGCUGCAAAGGGCCUACCAUAUUGUCUCCGUCAUUCAC